CUCUCCACUUUCAUUUUAUGCUCAGUCCUGCUGUUCCCUGUCAUGGAGAACCAAAGCCUCAGUGCUUGGGGCAGAGUCAGGACGAGGGCUGGAUUUGAAAUUUACCUCCUGGUUUGGGCUGGGAUCAGGUUUGGGUUCAGGUUCUGGUUGGGGCUGGGCUACAAGGUAGCUUAAGUGUCUCCAGCUGGAAGGGCUCAUGAAAGUCUCUCCCAUGAUCCCUGCCCCUGGCAGAUGCCCAUCUGCCCCGAACCCCUGACUCUCAUCCACCACGGCUGAGAAGGCUGUUCCCAGAAAGAGUGGGUCAUGGCGCCCUCGCUCCACCCUCUUAGAACAACACUGAAUAGCAUUCUGCUGUUGAAGAGCCCUGGAAGAUACACUUGAUCCCAUUUGAUCGUCACGAGCUCUCGGGGACGUGAUGAUUGGGCCCACUGUACUGAUGAGGAAACUACUGUUGAGACAUGGCCAAGAUUGCUGGAACCUAAGCUGUCUCGACAUCUUGGUCUGGGAUUCCAGGCUGACUUUCUUGCUUUUAUAUUGUCAUGGAAUGGUUGGGCAGACCUGGCCUCAGCUCCCUGAGGUACUGAGUCGGGAGUCUGCUCCCAUGGACCCCCGCCCCCACCAAGACACACAGGCACACACACAGACACGUGCACAUGGUGUCCUGACUUGGAAAGCCCUGAGGCACUCCAGCCUCCUGGGGGUAGGAAAGGGGAGUGGCUUAAGGCUUAGGGCACUGAGUCAAACCUGGCUGGGUGAGGAAAGAGAAAGAUUGAUCAAAACAAGAGGGAGAGAAUGUGCCAGGGCAAUUUCCUGGUUCCCUGGAAAUCUACAUGGGCCCACACAUGCUCGCGCACAUCCAGACUCAGGGCCCGGCCCUUUCCUGUAUCCAUAGGGAUGCACAAACAGCCCCUCAACACAGCCCUCUGGCUGACCUACGUCACACCUGCCUGGAAUUUGAUUUCCCCUUGUGAGUCCUCUGAGAGUGUUGGCGGUGUGGGCAGACCCUCCUGCCAGGGCUGGGGCUGGGAGCUGGACAGAAAAAGGUCGGUGUGGGUGUGGAGGGCUCCCUGUCGGGUCCUGGAGCCUCUGUCCCCACUCCCCGCGGCCCCUCCCUGCCUGAUGCAUCACUAGACUCAGCCUCUCCUCGAGUCACCUUCCUUGUGUCUUCUUGCCAGCCCCAUUUUCACUGUCUUUCAUUCAGUGUUCCAUGAGCAGAGCUGGGACUCCAGUGGGAUGGAAGGGAGAGACCCCCAGAACAGGGCCCCAGCCUUCCGGAAGGACUCCCAGGAGAGCCUCCGUGGAGAUGCUGGCCUCUGCUGUGGGGUGCUCUCGGUGGCAUCCCUGGUGUUUCUCCCAGUGCCAGGGUGGAGUGGGGUGCACACAGGUGCCUGGAGCCAGUUGGUCAGAAUUCCCAGGAAGAAUUCAGGUUGGAGAAUCCUGGAUCCCAGCUGACCAGAUGCUCCUCUCACUGAGAGAAGGCGGUACUCUGCAGCCUGGGGAGGGGGCCUCAGUUCCCACCUGAGCCUCAGAACACAGGCGUCAGCCUCCCCGGAGCCCCCUGGCUGGGGGGAGAAAACAAGAGAUUGCCCCUACUCUGAUGCCCCAUCCCAAACUUGGAGGGACACAGGAAGCUGAGGGCAGCUCACUCAUGCCAGGGGCUGCGGAGCAGCUGGAGGAAGAAGGAGGGAGAGAUGGGCAGGUGUCAGAGGAUCUAGUAGAGCCGGCAGGUCAGGGGCUGGCUGGUGGAGCCGGUCUGAGGGCCUGGCUGCUGAUGUCACCAGUCUGCAACUUGGGAUCCCUGGACCUCCCUGGGCAGCAUGAGUCCCAGGAGCAGGUCCAUGGGCCAGUUUCACAGGGCUGAGCCGGGCCUAGGCUGCACAGGAGGCUGGCAGCAGGGGUCUGUGAGGGCACAGGCAGGUAGCCUGAGCUUGGGAACAGAGGGUCUGCUGGAUAGCGGUGUGGGUGAAAGGGGCUCCCUGCCCCAUUGCCCCCAGGGCUUCUCCGCCUAGGAGAAGGGUCUGCUUAUGCCCCAGCCCAGCAGGAAUCAGCCUGAUGUAGGGUCCCUCAGGCGGGGCGGUCUCGCCAAGACCUUCCACUUUCACCCAGCCUCAGCCUUGACAGACCCCGCCCCCUCGCUAGCGCCGGCCCCACCCUGCAUCCUCACGUUUCCACGGUUCCUCGAAAGGCCUCAUUUCCCGCCCCUGCCUCGGAAGACAGCCCCCAGAGGUCGGGCCUCCUCCCCACAGAUGAGGGAUGGAGCAACCACGCUUCCUCUUCUCCCCAGCGGCGGGGCCCCGCCCUCCCCCCUCAUAAACGACUUACCUGCCUGCCCCACACCUUCCACUCGUGCGGCGGCGUCCAGUCCGUCCGCCCGGUCCCAUCAGUUCCACCGCGACCGCGGGACGCAGCGAUGCCGUCGCCAACACCCGCACCAGGCAUGACGGAAGGUCCUCGUUCAGACGUGGGCCGCUGGGGCGGGAACCCCUGGCAGCCCCCCACCACACCUUCUCCAGAGCCAGAGCCGGAGCCAGAGAGUCGUUCUCGCCGAGGAGGCCGUUCCUUCUGGGCUCGCUGCUGUGGCUGCUGCUCCUGCGGGAAUAGGACAGAUGAUGACUUGGGGCCUGAGCCCUCCGGAGGUCGAGGGUCCCGCUCUGGGAGUCGAAGACCUGACUCCCGGGGCUCAGACUCCCGCCAGCCUGGCUCCCGAGGCAGAGGCAGUGGCGUGAAUGCAACUGGAGACGGCACCAUCCGAGAGGGUAUGCUGGUGGUGACCAGUGUGGAUCUGCUGAGCUCCCGCUCAGACCAGAACCGCCGAGAGCACCACACGGAUGAGUUUGAGUACAACGAGCUGAUUGUGCGCCGAGGGCAGCCCUUCCACAUGGUCCUCCUCCUGUCUCGGCCCUAUGAGUCCUCCGAUCACGUCGCCCUGGAGCUGCUCAUUGGAAACAACCCCGAGGUGGGCAAGGGCACCCACGUGAUCAUCCCAGUGGGCAAGGGGGGCAGUGGAGGCUGGAAGGCCCAGGUGACCAAGGCCAGUGGGCAGAAUCUGAACCUACGGGUCCACACUUCCCCCAACGCCAUCAUCGGCAAGUUUCAAUUCACGGUCCGCACGCGCACGGAGGCUGGCGAGUUCCAGUUGCCCUUUGACCCCCGCAAUGAGAUCUACAUCCUCUUCAAUCCCUGGUGCCCAGAGGACAUCGUGUAUGUGGACCGUGAGGACUGGCGGCAGGAAUACGUGCUUAAUGAGUCUGGGAGAAUUUACUACGGGACCGAAGCACAGAUUGGCGAGCGGACCUGGAACUACGGCCAGUUUGACCACGGGGUGCUGGAUGCCUGCCUGUACAUCCUGGACCGGCGGGGCAUGCCCUAUGGAGGCCGUGGGGACCCAGUCAGUGUCUCCCGGGUCAUCUCUGCCAUGGUGAACUCCUUGGAUGACAAUGGGGUCCUGAUUGGGAACUGGUCUGGCGAUUACUCCCGAGGCACCAACCCGUCAGCAUGGGUGGGCAGCGUGGAGAUCCUACUCAGCUACCUGCGCACUGGCUAUUCUGUCCCCUACGGCCAGUGCUGGGUCUUCGCCGGUGUGACCACCACAGUGCUGCGCUGCCUGGGCCUGGCCACCCGCACUGUCACCAACUUCAACUCAGCGCACGACACAGACACGUCCCUCACCAUGGACAUCUACUUUGACGAGAACAUGAAGCCACUUGAGCACCUGAACCAUGAUUCUGUUUGGAACUUCCACGUGUGGAACGACUGUUGGAUGAAGAGGCCAGACCUGCCCUCAGGCUUUGACGGGUGGCAGGUUGUGGACGCCACACCCCAGGAGACCAGCAGUGGCAUCUUCUGCUGUGGCCCCUGCUCUGUGGAGUCCAUCAAGAAUGGCCUGGUCUACAUGAAGUACGACACCCCUUUCAUUUUUGCUGAGGUGAACAGCGAUAAGGUUUACUGGCAGCGGCAGGCUGAUGGCAGCUUCAAGAUUGUGUACGUGGAGGAGAAGGCCAUUGGCACGCUCAUCAUCACAAAGGCCAUUGGCUCCCACAUGCGGGAGGACGUCACCCACAUCUAUAAGCACCCAGAAGGCUCAGAAGCAGAGCGGAAGGCAGUGGAGACAGCAGCAGCCCAUGGCAGCAAACCCAACGUGUACGCCACCCGGGACUCGGCUGAGGAUGUGGCCUUGCAGGUGGAGUCACAGGACGCAGUGAUGGGGCAGGACCUGACGGUCUGCGUGGUGCUGACCAAUCGCGGCGGCAGCCUCCGCACUGUGAAGCUGCACCUGUACCUCUCUGUCACCUUCUACACGGGUGUCACUGGGUCCGUCUUCAAGGAGAGCAAGAAAGAAGUGGUGCUGCAGCCAGGGGCCUCGGACCGUGUGGACAUGCCCGUGGCUUACAGGGAAUACCAGCCCCACCUCGUGGACCAGGGGGCCAUGCUGCUCAAUGUCUCGGGCCACGUCAAGGAGAACGGGCAGGUGCUGGCCAAGCAGCAUACCUUCCGUCUGCGCACCCCGGACCUCUCUCUCACGUUAUUGGGGGCAGCUGUGGUGGGCCAGGAGUGCGAAGUGCAGAUUGUCUUCAAGAACCCCCUGCCUGUCACCCUCACCAACGUCGUCUUCCGGCUCGAGGGCUCCGGGCUACAGAGACCCAAGAUCCUCAACGUUGGGGACAUUGGGGGCAACGAGACAGUGACGCUGCGCCAGACGUUCGUGCCUGUGCGACCAGGCCCCCGCCAGCUCAUCGCCAGCUUGGACAGUCCACAGCUCUCCCAGGUGCACGGUGUCAUCCAAGUGGACGUGGCCCCAGCCUCUGGGGGCGGGAGCUUCUUCUCAGACGCUGGAGGCAACAGGAGCUCAGGAGAGACCAUCCCUAUGGCUUCUAGAGGUGGGGCUUAGCCCUGGGCCAGGAGCAAUGGGACUGGAGUCGGAGGAGCAAGGACACGGCCUCAAGACAGGCCUCCCCACAGAGUGGCUCCCCAGGAGCUUAGGUGGGGAGGCCGGGGCACCUGGGGAGGGAGCCCAUCUUCACUUGCACUGGGUGGCACAGAUGCUAAUAAACUGUUUUUUAAUGAAGCUGCUGUUCUGUCCAUCGGUCAGUCCAUGCCAGGCCAAGGAGU